UUUAACUCUCGUAGCGCACCUCACCCCAACCCAGCGCAUCAGGAUUGUUUCUCAUGAAAUCAGAGCUACAUGAAUCGGUUAUGAUUAUGUCUUUUACGUUAGCUAGGCCUGCAUGUAAAUUAGCGGAAAUUAAUUUAGUUGUUACUCGGAUUGGGUAAUGUUAGGAUCAAGAAAAUAUCUCUAAGAAAUUCUUAAUUCAUAUCAUAUUUAAGCAUGACCUCUCGUGUGCUUACGAGGAACAACAAGAAUGGAUAAGGCAACACAAAUUAUUGCAGAAUCUGCACAGAUAAACGCAAUAUCUGCUGAAGAGUUGUGUCAUGAAUUUGAUGAAGGAGAGUGCCAGGAGGAAACUGGACAUAAAUCCAUAAAACUGUCAGCUGUUUCAGAGCAACAGAUCAUGACAUAUCAAGUUCCUGAAUGCAGAGAAGAUACUGAAUAUGAUGCAGUAUUAGCAGAAAAUCUUUACAAUUUUGAGAAAUACAUUGAGGGUCCCAGUCUACCAGCUCCAAGUCUCCAUCAUGAACAGCAAAAAAUUGUUACAUAUAAUCCCUGGUGUUCAGUAGGCCUACACCCUAAACAUGAAUUCAUCUGGAGGUGGCUCAUUGGUCAUCAGAGGAGUUUACUUAGAAACAUUUUCCCCCGCAUUGCAUUGCUUAUCCCUCAUCAGGAUUGCACAGAUAGUAAGGACAUUGUUCCACUUUUAGGAAAAACAGUGUACAUGUCAAAAAAUGAGGAUGAGGACUUUACUGGUCAAAAACUGACUGGUUCCCAACUACAUAGGACCAUUCCCCACAGUAGAUUGCAGUCUACCACUGAUCAGGAUUCCAUACAAACCACUGAGUGUGAAGCUACAAACCGGACCCAGUUAGGAAGGCGACUUACACUGUCCAACCAACAGAUUAAAACACAUCUGAUGGAGCCUGAGGUUGGUGGAAUAGAGCGAUCGCCAUCUUUUGGACUGCUAGGUACAGCCUACAAAUGGCCAAUAAACCUAAUAGAACAUCUCCGCAACCAUUGGGAUAAUGGUGGAAAAACGGGUCAGUACCAUGAAGAUCCAUCUCAGAACAUAUUUGGAAAGCCAUGGAAAGGAACAAUUAUUCAUUGUUACAAUGAUAAUGAUGAGUUUGGAGCUCUGCUGGGUGCUCAGGGCUUUGAAGCACAGCCGUCGCCCAGGCAGGGGACACUAAAGGGGGGCAAAGGAACAACGAAGGGCAAACAUGUGAGUUUAAAGGAGCGGAGAAGACUGAAGUCCUCUACAAAAAAACCAGUCUCUUCUAAAAAGCAGUGGACUGGGUACAAACAGAACAAAGGCUGUUAUGAUGUAGGGGGCAGAAAGGAAUCCAGAAACCAAUAUCAUUCUUGUAGGGGUACGAGCCUUUCACCUUACCACUACAGCAGUGUUUCGCCUGAUAUCCUAUCACCACGCCCAUGUGCACCAGUUCCCUCGUUGCCAUCAUUAACUCAGAUUUUUGAAGAUUACUACUCUCGCACCAGCCAAAGCACCAAGGACCACAGGGAGAAAGUUAUAGCGAGAGCCAGAAAGGUCUACCAUCAACGGUGCCUUAACCGUGAGAGAGCAUACUUUGAAGGAGCUAGAGAGAGAACCAGUGCUGACAAGAUGGAAGAGGGUAGAGAUUCUGUGAAGCCUGAACACAAGGCAGAUUUGAUGCUGGAAGUCAACGAGGCACAAACUUUUAAAAGAUUGAAGCAGAACAAAGGUGAUCAAUUCAAAGUAGCUGAAUUUGAACUGAUGCCCUCAGACAUAACAGAGGAUAAGACCAAGAUCAACAAAAUAAAAAAAACUGGUAAGAUAAGCAAAGACAAAAGAAAAGAAAAGCGUAAGGCAAACAAAGAAGAGUCAACUAAGCUGGCACUGGAAAUAGAUGUCCAGAAAGAAAUUGUGGAAGUCACGGAUGAUUCCAACUUUUCUGAUAAAAGCCCUGAGGAAAGUGGUGUGGAAGUAAUAGAACAGGAUGAAGCUCAGAAUAAAAGAAAACAUUGUCAGAACAGUAAUAGCGAUAACAGUAAUGACUCAGAAAGAAAAAUGGGAAAUAUCACAACCAAGUCAGUUACAGAAAAAAAUACCAUAGGAGAUGGUCAUUUUGAGGAAAUGCAUUCAGAGAAUUCCCAAGAUCAGUUAAAAUGUUGCGAAAAUGUGGAGGAAAAGAAUGUGAAACAUCAGAGAGUGAAUGAUGUCCCAUCAAAAGCACCUUCAGUUGCUCCAAAGUGCUACGACUCAGCAACCGAGAUCACGGAGCAUAAUCACACAGACCAGGGAGCUUUAGAUCAUGUCAUAUGCAAGACAUCUCAGGAAUCUUACUGCAGGGAGACCGGUAACUCCCCAGACACGGACCCUGUGGACAGUGUGCCUUAUUCAACCUAUCACAGCCAGUUUAGGAGGCAGAAUGGGGGAACUAGAUUGCCCAAAGGCAGGGUGUCAGCAUCAGACAGGAGGUCUGCAGACUGGGAAAACCUCCAGCAGGGUGAGCAGAAUGAGGCCAACUGGCGCUGGAGGGAAGAUAGCGCUGCCGCUGGUGACUGGGCAUGUCAAAACAAGGCAGAGUUGAGACCAACUGAGAGCCAAAGGAGUAGAAGGAAUCACAGCCGGGACCAGGGAGACACAGACCAAAGCAACUGUUGGCCUUAUGAAGGAAUCAGCUUGUUACGUCUGCACACAGAUAGACAGAGAGUCACAGGUGAUGGGAGUGUGUCUAAUGGGAGAGCUGAAAGGCAGAGGAACAGACAGCAUAGGAAACCAUGCUGCAAGGAGAGAUUGACAGGCCACUUACCACCCAACAGCUCAUUAUCUAGAAAUUGGAGGAGUAAAAAGGGUUCUUGGGAGGCCAACAACGCCGUAUGUGAGUCCGAUCGCCUGUGUGACCCUGCUGUUCUGGUUUCGCCCCCUAAGCCUGAGCCUCACAUCCGGAACCGCCGCCUUUCUCCAGGUUCUGGUAUUGGUGGUGGAGGGGGAGGAGGUUGCUCUGCGGGGCCUGACAAGCAACUCAGACAGGCUUCCCCAUCGGCGCUCGAGGCUACUCUGAACGGGACUGGCCAGCCAUUCACGUUUACUCACAGCCGCGAGAGGGAGCGGCGGGGCCACACCAGAGGCCGCGGCCCCCGGCGGGAGAGCCUGAGGGUAGGCGGGCGCCCCGGCAGUGACAAAGCCCCGAGGCCCGGCCCCGUCCAGAAGGCCCGGUGGGUGGAGGACAGCCUGUCUCUGCUCAAGCCUCCGCCAGCCUUCCCCGUGAAGGACAGCCCUGCCAAACUGCAACCGGCCGUGAGCUACGCUUCCAAGGUGAAGGCAGGGGGCGGCGCGUCGGGGGGCACCGAGGAGCCCCCCGGCAUCGGAGUGCUGCUGCAGAACCAGUGGGGGCUGAGCUUUAUUAGCGACGGGCCGGCCGAGAACAGUCCCUCCGCGGCGGCCCCGGACCUAGCCCAGAUCCCAACCCCCCAGGCCACGCCAGAAACUGCAGCCAACCACCCCGCUCCCCCCUCACGCCCCCUCACAGGAGAUAUGGACUCUGAAAAGCCUGCCCUCACCACCCCUCCUGCCCCUGCUACGUCCUCUUUCUCCAUGGAGCUGUGCAACAGACAGGACGAAAGCUCCGGAGAGCUGCUCCUCACCUGUCGCCACCUGGUAGAGGCUAUGCAAUACCACGUCCAAGAAUGGAACACUGUGUACAACAGACAGAAAGAAGAUCCAGAAAAGGUGGUCUGGUAUAAGAACUCCCUGGAGCAGCCGGCCUAGCACCAGGAUGCACAGAACACUUUUUUUCUUUUUUUUGUUUUCUCCUUACAUGUACACAUGAAUACACCUGUAUGUACAACCAUGCUAUUGCUCUCACAUAUGCGUACACACACACACACACACACACACACACACACACAAAACAUAUACACACUGACACACUGCACUCAGGUUGAUCUUUUUCACACAUCCCACACUGAAACACUUUGAUCCUAUCCCUUGAAGAGAGAAUUAAGUCUUGGACUUCUCGGUUGCCUUACAACAGAGCCUGCCUCAGUGAACUUGAUUUCAUGUACAUCGCUCGAAUGGAUAGCCUCAUCGGUCCCUUCCCCCCCUUUCUUUUUU